CGAGAAUCCUUUUGAGCCUCUUGACGACCACCUCUGCCGCCUCUGUGACCACGUCCACCUCGACCGCCCCUAAAGCCCUUUCCAUGAUCAUCUCCCCGACGAUCGUGAUGGUUCGACGACCCCCCACGGCCCCGCCCUCUAUGACCACCUCUGCCCCGGCCGCUAUUGGGCCGCAGACGACCAGCUUCAAUUUCCUUAAUCUUCUCAUCGCAAUAAUCUCUCUUGCUCUUGAUCAGGAGCUCAGUGGUACCCUUCCACUUCGGCUUGGGGUCGAGGGCCAGGAACGCCUUUUGCGUCUCCUCACUGUCAAAUUCAACGAACACACUUCCCUUGAAGAUCUUAUCAGCCGUCCGUCUCAGGCGGAUGGCAUUGGUGGGGCCGUAUGGCGUGAAGAAGGCCUCGAUGUCGAAUUGUGUGCUAGGUUCUUCAGGGCCGAAUCCCUUCGCGUAAAUGCUGCGAUCCAUCGCUUUAUCUUCAAACAGCUUGACAACGGUGGGAUCUAGCGAUUCCUUGACGGUUUCGGGAAGGGCCACCUUACGCCUGACGCAGGUAUUGUCGUCGGUCAGCUCGAGUGUCUUGGAGUCCUUUAGCGCAUCGACAACGGCGCUGAAUGGCUGGAAGCGACGCAUGCGCUUGAAGGAGUGCAGGAGGGACAGUUCGACGGGGCGAUUUUCGCUGCCGCCAACCUUGGAGAGGAGGAAUUUAUCCAUGAGAAGGUUCGAGUCAGAGAAGUAGAAUUCGACCUAUGAGGAAGCAAAAGGGUUAGAAAGAUAAAUGAUCUGUGACUUCGCUUUUUUUAAAGCCGCCGGAUCACACAGAAUAUUGGACGAGGGCUGACCUGUUUACGGAUCUCGUCCGGGUCGCUUGUCUCCUUCAGCGUCGAAACAUCUGAUUUGAUGUUGUCACGGUGGUUUACGCGGGGGCGAUGGGCACCACGGCCACCUCGCGACGCCUGUCCUUGGCCCCUGUUUGUAUCCUUUUGCUCACCGUCCUUAGAGUCGCUCUUUGAUUCAGCAUCCUGGCCCAGCUUUGCGGCAGCUGCAAUGAUCCUAGCUUCUUCUUUGGCCUCCGCAUCCUCCUCCCCAGCACCAUCCGUGUUCCCUUCUGAAGCCUUGCCGUUUGUAUCUGGUUUUGCAUCUGUUUUCUUACUGCUUUCUUGGGCAGCACUUUGAGCAUCCUGUUUUGCUGGCUCUUGUUCCUUGAGCUCCACAAGCACCUGCUUUACAUCGUUUUCAGCCUGUGCGUUGGGGUUUACUUCUGCGGGCGCAGCAGCUUGUUGCUGUUCCUCCGUCAUUUUUUUUUUAUGUGAUAUGAAGUAUUAUCUUGGUAAAGGAGACGUAGAUUUAAGAGGGAGAUGGAGAGAGGGAGAGACGCAAAUGGACACAGGUAGGCACGCGGUCCUGAUCCUAGCGGGGAAGAUCCUGCGUGCUCUGCUAUUCCCGAGUGGCCGGUAAUACCAAUGAAAAUUUGUGAUAGAGCGAUGGCAGACUUAGAUCAUUUGAUAUAGCAAGGGGCCAGAAGGUAUGGUGUUAUGGGAAUUCCCUGUGUGCAAUCGGGCGACAAAAGCAGGGUGUAUCUAUAGGUACAGGGGCGGGGAAAUUCGCACGCGCGGGCGGGCUGGCGGUUUAUGGAUAAGGAUCGCGGGAGUAACUGCACAGAAAGAUCCGAAGACAAGUUGUUAUCUAGAUCGACUUAAUUGUCGAGAUAGAUAUCUAUAUGGGGAAGCGGUAUAAAUUUUCUAGAAGAAACUGGAGAAAAUGUUGAAUAAUUGCGUUGUUGGAGAGGGGGAUAUUUUUUCUUGGAGACUCUCAGUUGCCGUAUUUUUUUUUCUUUUUCUUUUUCUUAUUUUUUUCUUCGGCUGGUUUCCAAGCUUAGAAGUUAGCACACAGGAAGGAAUGGGGCAUUGUUGUUCCGCGCCGGGAAAGUCAGCGCGGAGUCACAGCAAGAAGUCAGCAUUUGCUAUACAUUCUGAUAUCUAACUACUCCACACAAAUAUGUAUGUAUGCACUUUACAUAUAUAACUGCCUGAUUCAAAUGGCAAGAUUAAUUAGCACAGAGAUAAGGCACUAUGUUCCUGAGUUUGGUGGUGAGGAAGCCUCGAGUAUUAUUAGUACUUCCUCCUUGAACAUAACCCCCUAAAUAGCAUACAUAAUAUCUCCCCACUCACCACUCAACCACCACAGGCAGCUCAUAUUCGGCGAUCACUAACUCUGAUUUAUUUUCUCCCCGUUUUCUAUCGGCAGCAAUUCUGGUUGCAGGCAGUACGGAUUACGGGGAAUCUCUCUCCCCAAUUCGGCGGCAAUGCUUCCACUGGCCGGCUGCAGCUGCUUGGACUGGCGGUUCCUUGCGCCUGCUGCAACAAAUCGCAUCGCCCAAGACGUUCCACUGCUUGGAAGUCUUGUCGAUGCGGCGGAGACCAGUUCAUUUCAGUUCAUUCCUUCUGUCCUCCUCUAACAUACCUCAGGCAUCAACUACUAAACCUUUACUAUAUUUGCUGUUUUAUCUCUUUACAUCAAGUUCUUUGUGUGUUCUUGCUCCAGUCGACCGGGUGUGUGUGUGCGUGUGGGUUGUUUUGACUGGAUGACAUGGUCUCUUUGUUGUCCCUGACUCGCUAUAUUCACAUUCCAACUAGCCCAGUAGCAACCCUCGCCAACCAUUUGCUACAUUCAGGAACACAUACAAGUCAUGUCCUUGUCGUGGACGGAGAGCUUGAAUUAUACAUAUAACCAUAUCUGUUAAUUUCUUCUCCAACAUUAACCUGCAUCCGUGGUGAUAAACUGGGACAUUCCGGCUCCCUGCAGGCUGCGCCAGAAUUACCACUGCGGCUACAGAUAUCAGUUCAACUUCCCGGUUGCAGUUUUUUAUGCCAAUGACUGAUUGUCAGUGAUUGAACGUGAUUAGCUCGAUCUGCCGGGCUGAUCGGUGGCGGGUGCCACCGUCGUUCUCGGUGUGUUCCUAAGCUCAUCUCAUGUUUCACGUCUUGUCAACUGCAUAUCUGCUCCCCUUUGAAGCUGCUACGAUAUUCGCGAGUUUCAAGCACCGGCUUAAACAUGGCCCACGACAAUGGGGAUGAUAUACCAUCAUGGGCAGUCCAGGAUAUCGUCUAUGUAUCCGUAUUGGGGCCUUUCAUCGUGGCGGCUUUCCUCGAGUGGUUUCUAUGGCUAGCAGCUUUCCUAUACUGCCUAGGAAAAGUGUUUGUAAAAGCGGAUCAUUGGAGUAUAAAAGUCCUCGCUGUUAUCAUGAUGUUGAUGUUCACGGGAUUUCGUGGCGCAUUUCUCCCGGUCAUGGUCGUUACUCUACCCCUCCCGCCAAAUAUCACACGGCAUUUCCCUGUUCAGGUCGUGUCCUUUCUGCAAUGGUUUGCAUUCUGGACCUUUGCCAUUCUACUCAUCAUUCCGUGGUUAUUCUGCAUCUACAGAUUAGUGACAAACUCCGUCGGACGGACAAAACGAAUCAAGGAGGUUCUUGAUGAGCGUACUGCUCCUAAAACUGUCAUCGUGAUGCCUGUGUACAAGGAGGCGCCUGACAUAUUAAUAAAAGCCGUCGACUCGGUGGUUGACUGCGAUUAUCCGCCGUCGUGCAUCCAUGUUUUCCUCUCCUAUGACGGCGGUCAAGUCGAUGAAUCAUAUCUGACAGUUGCUGCCCAUCUCGGGGUGCCUAUCACCCUCAAAUGUUAUCCGGAGAGCAUUGAUGUCUCAUACAAAGGUGCUAGAAUCACUAUAUCGCGGUUCAAGCAUGGAGGGAAAAGGCACUGCCAAAAGCUGACGUUCAAACUGAUUGACAAGAUUUACGCGAAGUACCUCCAGAGAAAUGACAACCUCUUCGUGCUAUUUAUUGAUUCGGAUUGCAUUCUUGAUCGGGUUUGUCUUCAAAAUUUCAUGUACGACAUGGAAUUAAAACCAGGAAGUAAACGGAAUAUGCUUGCCAUGACCGGCGUUAUUACCUCAACCACGCAAAAGAACACCUUGAUUACUCUCCUUCAGGAUCUAGAGUAUAUACAUGGACAGCUAUUCGAGCGAUCUGUUGAAUCUGGAUGCGGAUCUGUCACCUGCCUCCCAGGCGCACUUACGAUCCUUCGAUUUUCAGCCUUCCGUAAAAUGGCUAAAUAUUAUUUCGCAGACAAGGCAGAGCAGUGCGAGGACUUGUUCGAUUUUGGCAAAUGUCACCUUGGCGAAGACCGUUGGCUCACUCAUCUCUUUAUGAUUGGAGCCAAGGAGCGAUAUCAAAUUCAGAUGUGCACGAGCGCGUUCUGCAAAACGGAGGCCGUCCAGACCUUCCGCGGUUUACUGAAACAGCGAAGACGGUGGUUCCUCGGGUUUAUCACGAAUGAGGUGUGCAUGCUUACUGACAUUCGUUUGUGGUAUCGAUAUCCCAUGUUAUGCCUUGUACGGUUUAUGCAAAAUACCAUCCGCACAACCGCUCUUCUCUUUUUCAUCAUGGUCAUAUCGGUCAUAACUACGUCCAAUAAAGUGGAAAAUUUGCCUGUGGGGUUCAUCGCAGUAUCCCUUGGUUUAAACUACUUGCUCAUGCUUUAUUUUGGCGCGAAGCUUCGACGGUAUAAAGCAUGGCUUUACCCCCUGAUGUUCAUUCUGAAUCCUUUCUUUAACUGGCUUUAUAUGGUCUAUGGGAUUUUUACUGCUGGUCAACGGACAUGGGGUGGCCCUAGGGCUGACGCGGCUGCAGCAGAUGAAAACACUACGCCGGAGGAAGCUGCUGUCAGGGCUAAAGCUACAGGCGACGAACUAAAUAUUAAACUGGAUACUUUCCGGGCCGUGGCCGAAGGGAAAUCCUCAGUCCCCAUCCAUCCAGCGGAAGGUGUAGAGGGCCGAUUCGCAGCACCGGAUCUACAGCCAAAUGGGUACUACUACACUGAGAACGACGAUACGUCCACGAUGACCUUUCCAGAGUUCUUGCCCCGCAACCCAGCCGUCUCCCCACUACCCUUACACCCUCGGGUAUCCUUUGACUCGGACUGGACAAACGGAUCUAAUUCCAUGAUACAUCUACCACGCACAAUAGAGAGUAUUAUGGGAGAUGAGGACCAGAGGAAAGUGCAUUUGGCACGCCGGUCAAGGGCAUGCUCUAGCAUUGGAGUAGAGGUGGGGGAGUUCGACGACGGCAUCGACUCAUCGUGGGGGGUGGAAUCGAUGUCCGACAGCGGGGGGCGAUCUAUAUCUAGAGGGAAGAGUCCUGCGCGCUCGUCUACCCGGUCCGAAAGGAUAUCCAGCUCCGCGACAGGCGCAUUCGUCUAUGAUGGGGCUAACAAUGGAGGGGGCGGGAGCUGGGUCCCGCCGGAUACGGGGGUGUUUGAGCCGACGCGGAGUCGUCGGGCGGGGCGGAGUCCGCUGGGGAGGAAUAGUCCCGUGCGAGCCGUUGAGGUUGACGGAAUGGAUGACUCACCUUCACCUUCACUUUCACCUUCGCCGGAACGAGCUGGGGGAGCUGAAGGAGCUGUAGCGGGAGCAGGGGCUGGGAGUGUCCAUCAUCAAGAUAAUACCCAGGAUGAAAAAGGGGUAGAGCAAGCUGAGUCUUCUGCAACAAAGUCGAGGCGGAAGCAAUCACGGUUAGUGAAGAGGUCGCGGGAUCCAGGGGAUAUAGUUUGAGACCCUUGAAGAGGUCCGGGGUUCAUAUUUCGCGGGUUGCAUUGGUUGUUGUUGUUGUUGUUAAUUUUGGUUGCUUCUAUUGGUAUUUUCCUUUUUUCUAUUUUGUUUUCAUUAUCCCGGCCUCCCACGUCGUUUUAUUUUCAUUCUCUUGGUUUUUGUCUUAGCAUUUGUAUGUACUGUAAACAGGGCGCAUUAGAGCGAUAGAUAAAAGCGGGAUAUUUGUGCCUCGAUCAUUGGGUAUAGAUUCAUUAUUGGGCAGUCAAGGCCGUGAGCAAAUAAAUCCAACAAAUGAUUGUCAUUAUGAUUGGGCUGGGCCCAACCCUUCUUCCCCGUCAGAGAAGUUGUGUCUGUUAUCUGUAUGGUAUAUUAUUAUUACCCGGCUGUUGACAGCCCGACUGCUGGUCCUGUUUGUCCUUGUUGGUUCCCUCGCCCUUUGUUAGGUAGGUAGGGGAUUUCUUCUUACCUGUGGAAAAGCGAAGAAAAACACCGAAGCGCACCGAAGGGCAACGAAGGUCGCCCACGUGAUGCCAAGUGGAAUGUGACGACAAAGACGCGGCAGCAGGGCAACAGGUACCGGUACAUCAGCGGGUUCUUGGGGAGAGGAGAGGAGGAGGGGCAAGUGAUGGUUCCAUCCAUAACAACACCAGAAUCUAUGAGUAAAAUGAAUAAAUAAAUAAAAAUAAAAAUUUAGGAAGAUCAAGAGGAAUUGAGUGAUCUUUAAAAAAAAUUAUUUAAUUAUUUUU